AUGAAGUCAAAGUUCAACAUAGAGUCGGCACCAGCAGAGGAUAAUUCGUUGAGAGAGGACAAUCAAAACAGGGACUCUGAAACAUUAUCAAAAAUAAGAAAAGGAGAAGUUUCACUUGAUAGAGCAUCACAACUUAUGGAUAGGCAAGCGGUCAGACAAACUACCCAAACGGUUGCAUUCUAUGCACAACUGAGUCACAAUGAGGAGAGCCCAGGACCGCACCACACUGUUGCAUUUGAUUCAGUGAAGACCAAUAUUCACAACAGUUACAACCGUUAUACAGGCGCCUUCAGUGCUCCGAUCAAUGGAGUAUACGGGUUUAUAUAUACAUUGAGAAUGUUUUGCUAUAAUGAUGGAGUAUUCGAAUUUAUCAAGAAUGACGAGGUGGAGGGGACGAUCCAGGUGAAUGUCGACGGUGGGUGUGCUGGCCAAUUUACAACUGGGAGCGUCAUCCUUGCCUUAAAUGUUGGAGAUACUGUGUAUGUAAGAACCCACUCUACCAUAUCGCCUAAUGGUCGCAUUCUAAGUGAUAGAAAUGGUAGUCCAUACUUUACUGGCUGGUUGAUUGCACCGCUUUGA